AUGGGUAUCCAAAGAGCAGCAUUAAAUGGUUCCUUGUUGGUCUUCCUGCUGCUUGUUGUGAUUCCUCUUUGCUGCAAAGCUGACUCCAUACUCUACUCCGGGGAAGCACUCCAGACCCGGGAAUUCCUGAGCUGGGAAAGCUACCAGUUCAUCAUGCAGGAUGACUGCAACCUGGUGUUGUAUGACCUUGGCCAACCCAUUUGGGCGACCAACACUGGUGGCCUGGCCACCAACUGCUAUGUCACUCUCCAGAGUGAUGGCAAUCUCGUCAUAUACAGAAGCACCGGCACAGUCUUGUGGCAGAAUGAGAUCCAUAGAGAAGGACAAGACCAGUACGUCCUCAUCCUUCAGAAAGAUCGCAACGUCGCCAUCUAUGGUGGCAAACUCUGGGAGACCAAAUCCUGUGCUUGCACCGGAGUCUCUGAUGCUAUAGUCAACAAUAGUACUAGUAAUAGUACUACUACAAAAGAAGUAUCCGAGCCUGUUGGUCCUUCAAUGCUCGUCAACAACUGA